UGAGCUGUGGCGAUGAUGUGGUUCCUCCUUCUCCUCCACACUGCUUUCAUCGAGGCGGUGAGACUAGGCUGAUUCUGAAGAAUGGAAGCCACCCAUGUGAAGGCUACAUUGAAAUCUACAAAAAUGACAAACCGGGCCAUGUUGGAGAGAAAUACUGGAGCCGGAACAAUCUCAAAGUGGUGUGCAGGAGCACUCACUGUGGGGAUCCUGUGAGUUCCACAACAGUAAAUUCUCCGUGGACCUCUGAGCCGAUGUGGCUCAACGAGGUGAACUGCACUGGAACGGAGAAACACCUGUGGGACUGUCGUCAUCCUGGUCUGGGAGUCAGCAUUCACGAAACGGGAACACGGCAAAAGAUUGAAUGUUCAAAUAAAAUCACAAUCAGCCUGGACGGAUUUGAAUGUGCGGGAGCUGUUAAGUACUCCACAAAUGGAAGGGAAAAGGUUUCAGGUUACUUUUGCGGUGAUUCAGGCUGGGGACAAGAGGAAGCCGAUCGUUUGUGUCAAAACCUCAACUGUGGUAAAGCCAAGGAGACGUCAAACGACUGGAGGGUUUGGGAUAAAUUCAGAGAUUCGAAGAAGAUGACAAUCAACUGUUCAAACCUUAAAAAAAUAGAUAAUCUGUGGCAGUGUGUCACUGAGGAAUCAUAUUCAUGCCAAGCUCCUGCUGCUGUCAUGUGCGCAGGUCAUGACCAACUGCGACUCAAAGGAAACGCAUCAAAUGUGUGUUCUGGGCAGCUGGAAGAAUUUAAAAAUGACAAUUGGCAAAAGUGGAAUCCUGUUAAAAACAUCAGUUCUGUGUGGUGUGAGCAAAUGCACUGUGGUAAGGAGGCCUCCCACAGUCAGGUCAACAACGGCAUACAGCUGACAUGCACAGACAAUGUUACAGUAGUUCUGAUGGACAAUGAUAAACGCAGCAACUGCUACGGUGAAGUUCAUAUUCAAAAGAAUGAUGAAAAUCUGGCUGUGUGUGGCAAUCCCUGGAGCGAGGACAACGCUAAAGUGGUUUGCAAGGAGCUAAACUGCGGCAACGUGAUUAGUUACGAGGCAAAGACAUCUCACGGUACGAAAAUACGAAUAAUGGACAAUGUGAACUGCAAAGGCAAUGAAGCCUCGCUCUGGCACUGCAGAGCCAAGCAUUACAACUCCCGUGUCCAAUGUUCUUCCGUUGCUUACAUAGUCUGUGCAGAUAGUAUAAAGGUGAAUUUGUUGGACGGCCCUGGUAAAUGUGCUGGGAGAGUGGAGAUCCAGCAUGAGGGCAAAUUCCAGAGGGUCAAUGCAGAUGGAUGGACCGAGGCCAAUUCAGACGCUGUCUGCAAACAACUGAACUGCGGGAGUAGACGAGUUCUCCGCACUCCUGAAAAAUUCAGCCAUGGUUCAAAUGAUUUUCUGAAGAAAACUGUAAACUGCAAUCCAAAUGCCAAACAUAUAUCUGAGUGUAUAGGAGCUGACUCAAAAAACCAGGCCAAGGAUCCGGUGGCAGUAGGAAUAACCUGUGAGGAGCACAAGGUGGUAUUUCUGACAGGAAAAAGUUCCUGUUCUGGCAUGGUGGGGAUAGAGCACAGGAACAAAACCUACUGGCUCUCCGGCUCUAAGGAGACAUGGGACCAAAACUCGGCCAACACAGUGUGUCUGCAGAUGCACUGUGGGGAAGCCUCACUCCCUACCUCCACCCCUAACGCUGAUGCGAUGGAAGUUUGGAGUGAAUCUUACACCUGCUCCUCCAACGACACAUCUCUAUUGGACUGUAAAAACACAACACUCCCAUCAAACUACAGUGACACUAUUGCCACUGUGACGUGCACAGAAAAAAUUGAGGUGAACCUGACCAAUGAGUGUUGGGGGCAUGUCAAUGUUUGUGCAAAUGGAGAGUGUGGGGAUGUGUGUGCAGACACCUGGACAGACCACAUGUCUGUGAUGCUGUGUAAAAACUUGGGCUGUGGGAGCGGAAUCCUAGAUCCCAAACUCAAUUUCAAGGACAGUACUAGAAACAGCAAGGUGAUCUUUAAGGGGUUGCAUACUACAGCCAGCACGACCAGCCUGAGCCAGAGCAUCUUCAUUAAAAAUGAUGACAACAAUUACAUCUGUAACCCUCGCCAAGCCUACGUUGUUUGCUCAGGUAGUGUCAAGUCCAAAUUUUCUUCCUUCAGAGACAAAUGUUCUGGGAAUGUGUUGGUGAAGUACGAAGACCAGUGGCUCCCAGUUUGCAAGACAGCUCUUGAGAACACCAACACGCAAAAGGUCAUCUGUGGGGAACAAUGUGGCACGGCUGGAAAAACCAUUCCCUACUUCGGACCUGAAUUAACAGUGGAUAAUGUCAUUGAAAAAAUUGAGUGUGAGGAAAAUGCAGAGUCAAUAACAUCAUGCAAUGUCAAAACCACUUCUAAGAAAAGCUGCGAACGUGGCGGCCUUCAAUGCUCCAACUGGCGUAAGAUGGCGCUGACUCUUGGAACAGCCUGUAGUGGAGCUGUGUCUGUCCACUCGCAGAACAAAAUAAGUGCUGUUUCCACUGAAGGUUGGACAGAUCGUGAGGGGAAGAUACUUUGCCAGAAUCUGGAGUGCGGUCAAUACGUUUCAAAUAGGACAACUAAAUUGGAAACUAGCUUGAUCACUAGCUUCAGCUGUGCAGGUGUGAAGAAUCCAGAAAACAUCUGGGAAUGUGAAAAGCAAACAAAAUCAAAAAUGCAGAAUCAGCUCUUUGUCGAAUGUCAAGAUAAGCCCACAGUCACUCUUUCAGACAGAUGUCAUGGUGCAGUGAAGAUAAAUGACGUUGAGGUGUGCGUUACUAACUGGAAGGACGAAUAUUCUCUAAAGGUUUGCCAAGAACAGAAUUGUGGCAACGCUAUAGCUGGUGCAUCUGGUGGUAAACAGGCCCUGGCAAAUAAGAAGUACUACCAUGUCAGCUGUGAGGGCAACCAUUACAAACUUGGCCAAUGCAAGAGAUUCCAGGACAAGUGUCAAGGAAAAUUGGUGUCCAUUCACUGUGUUUACAAUGUUAAAUUCAGUACAACCCAAAAAUGUGGAGGUCAGAUUGAAGUCAACUAUGGACUUAAAAGGGAAAAAGUGUGUCCCUUGAACUCAUUUCUCGAUAAACAUAAGGAUAUACUUUGUCAAAAACUUGGUUGUGGUGGACACAAAAAAACAGUGGAUAAAAACACAAUUAACAGCAAACCACAGGCCCCUGAAGACAUGGAAACAUCGCUGACAUGCACCGAAGAUCACCUGGACAUCAGUUUCUGUGUCCACCGAAAACGUUGUACAAAAGUCCAUCCAGCUGAGAUCUACUGUGACGAGUAUGACCCCGAAAUAAAAAAAACGGUCCAAACCCCUACGUCCCCCAUGCCUAUCAUCCUGGCUGUAACAUUAAGUCUGGUUCUGGUCAUAGUGAUUGUGUUAGUUGUACGGAUCUGCGUGGUCAAGAAAGCCAAAAAAAAAGCUGUGAAUGCCGCAUCGAGAAAGCUGUCAAGAGCAGAAGUGGCGUUUGAAAGUGGCGACUACGAGGAUGUCAAAGACAAUGAAAUGGAGGCCCUAAAUCGUAGCAGAUUCGAAUCAGAGACUAAAGUCAUCACGGAGAAUGACUUACAGAGCACUUCCUCUUUUCACUACGAUGACAUUGAUGACACUCCCCUGACCUCUCAGGCCGCCACUGACAUCAACAAGGGUGAUCCCAGUGAAAGCACAGAUGGGGUAACCUACGAGGUGGACGACCCACAGGAGAAUUACGACGACAUCGAAGCCUGCCCUGGAAUCACUCAAACUGAGGCUGAAGUCCAUAACAGCACCCAAACAACACCUGAAAGCGACGCAGAAGUACCUCAAGGAUUAGUGGAGGGGGAUGACGACUACCUAGUGCCAGGCCAGGACGGGUGAGCCAAAAACUAGGUGUAAAGGCUACAGAAAUACAUUUCCAAAAACUUGGCUACAUUUUACAAAAAAGCUACUCAAUAGGUCCAUGUUAUAGUGAAACAACAUUACUGUAGAGAAGCUUCUUAUGCAGCAGAAAUAUGAAAAAGUGGUUCAAAUAAACUUCAAAGCGGGGGUCUUCAACGGUUUUUAAACCAAGGACCCUUUAACUGACAGAGAUGGAGCAGGGACCCCCCAUGAUAUACUGUAUAUUGUAUGAAAUGAAGUUGCAUAUUAAACUGGGCCUACACUAAUGUGCAGGGUGGCCUAAAACCUUUAUACAAACCUUUUGUACAUGGUAAACUAAACCUUUAAAACAGAAAUUAAAAUAGCCUAUGGUUGUUGUAAAUCACUCUUCACUGUUAAAACAUACAUGUGUCACUUUGAAUUCUUAGGAUAAACUGUAUCUGUGGAGGGCUAGUGACUGCCUGACCUAUAGGCCAGUAAGAAUGGGGAUUUUUACUUGCUAAUAAUACAGUAUGUUGGCUUCAAGUUAAGACUUUUUGAUUUUUGAAAAAAAAACUCCCAAAAGGAGGACUAAUUUAGAGGCCCCACUUGCAUUGACCCCCAUUGAAGAUCACUGCUUUAAAGUAACCUUAAUAUUGAGUUUAUCCCUUGUCUUGUCCUCCCGUGUCAAAACUGAAAUUGAAAACUUUUUUAAAAGCUUUUUAGACACUUUUUUGACUUUAGUUGAUGCUUUUUUUGAUGCUUUUUAAUCACAUUUUCUUCGGGUUGUUUUGCGACGCCAUCAGUGUGCUGUACACACCGCUCACACCAAUGUAUUGCCACUAGUUUGAUUUUAUGGCUUUUAUGGAAUGUACUCCAAAUGUUGUAAUGACUGUAUAUGAUUUUUUUAUUCUUUUGUUAAAAAAUCUGAUGUAUGUACAAUAGUUGUACAGAGAUAUUAUGAUUGAUGCAAUAUUUAAUGAGAGAUUACUUUUGCAGUAGUUUUUCAAUGUGUUUAUCACUUGCAAUCAAUACGCCUAUAUGAAGAAGGCCUAUAGCAGCCAGGAAGCACAGAGAAAGCAACAAUGAAAUAAAUGUUACUACAUGAGUCAAACUCCUUGUGUGUAACACGUCUGAUACAGUAAGCUCAGUUCAUAUUAUCACAUGGUUAUACGCUUUGUAAGAAUGUAUAACACUGAGACAUUAUUUUUAGAUUAUUAUUAUUUUUUAAGAAAUAGUUGUAGAGAGUUAGAUGAGAAGAUUAAUAUAAUGGUAUCAAUUGUCUCAUCUAACUAACUCUAUUAGCAAUAAAGCAAAUAUGCUUAAUUAAAAAAAAAGAAAUCCCAUGAAACAUCUUCUAUAAAACAUGAAUCAAAUGUUCAUUUAGUCACAAUCUUUUUUCUUGCAUUGUGUUCAGAACUGUCUUUAAAAACAAUGUUAACAAAGAAAAAUACUGUCUCUUUUAUGUGAUCUCUUUGUAAAAUAUACUUUGCAUUAUUUUUUAUUAACUGAAAGUUUCUAGAUGUUGCUUUUACGUGUUGCACUUCAGAAUUAAAUUCAGUGCACCACAGCAUGAGCUUUGUAGCAUUUGCUGUAUCUUGUGACACUGCUACAUUGUACCAGCCUUGUGUUAAUGGCAUUAUUGUGCACCAUUAAAUUCUUUACCGAGA